AUGGCAGUGUUCCUAAAAAGACAGAGACAAGCAGCCCAACAAAUUCCAGUGGCGUCAACCACUCGGCCAAAGAUGGUAUGCGCUGUUGUUCAACGUGCUUCUUUUCUGGGAAUAUUCGAAGUUAUCCUGGAGGCUGAAGAUCUGGAUCGUGAUCAAAGACUGCUUCCAGAUGCUGAACGAAGGAAGGGUAGCGAGAAAAACGACAGCCCAGAAAGAGCACUUCGCUGGAUCAUUGUAUAG